CUCUCUCUCUCCCUCCUUCUUCUAGCUAGGGUCAUGAUGAUGAACAGAGACAUGUUAUUUCAUCAUCAACAACAACAACAACAAGUGGAAGAGAACAUGUCGAAUCUAACAUCAGCUUCAGGAGAUCAAGCAAGUGUGUCUUCUGGAAACAGAACUGAAACUAGUGGCUCUAACAUUAAUCAGCGACAAGAACAGUGUUUUGUUCCACAAUCAUCUCUAAAGAGGAAGAGAAAUCAACCAGGAAAUCCAGACCCAGAAGCAGAAGUGAUGGCUUUAUCACCAAAAACACUAAUGGCGACAAACAGAUUCAUAUGUGAGGUCUGCAAUAAAGGUUUUCAAAGAGACCAAAACUUGCAACUUCACAAGAGAGGACACAAUUUACCAUGGAAGCUUAAGCAAAGAUCAACCAAAGAUGUGAUUAGGAAGAAAGUUUAUGUCUGUCCAGAGCCAGGCUGUGUCCAUCACCAUCCAUCAAGAGCUCUCGGUGACUUAACCGGAAUCAAGAAGCAUUUCUUCAGAAAACAUGGCGAGAAGAAAUGGAAAUGUGAAAAGUGUUCCAAGAAAUAUGCAGUGCAAUCAGAUUGGAAGGCUCAUGCUAAGACUUGUGGCACUAAAGAAUACAGAUGCGACUGUGGAACUCUCUUUUCUAGGAGGGAUAGUUUCAUAACUCAUAGAGCAUUUUGCGAUGCAUUAGCAGAAGAGAGUGCAAGAGCCAUACCAAACCCUAUUAUGAUCCAAGCUUCGAAUUCUCCUCAUCAUCUUCAUCAUCAGCAAACACAACAAAACAUCAGUUUCUCAGCUUCUUCAUCCCAAAACAUCACCAGCAACAGCAAUCUCCAUGGUCCUAUGAAGCAAGAAGAAUCACAUCAUCACUUCCAAAACAUCCCUCCUUGGCUUGUCUCAUCAAACCCUAACCCUAAUGGCAAUAAUGGUAAUUUGUUCCCUCCUCUUGCUUCUUCUGCAAACACUGGGCGGUCCAGCUUUCACCAGCCAUCGCCGGCUAUGUCAGCCACAGCUUUGCUCCAGAAAGCAGCUCAGAUGGGUUCCACGAAGUCAACAACUCCAGAGGAAGAAGAGAGGUCGUCAAGGUCAAGCUAUAAUAACUUGAUCACGACUACAAUGGCUGCGAUGAUGACCUCACCACCUGAACCUGGCUUUGGUUUUCAAGACUAUUACAUGAUGAAUCAUCAACAUCACGGCGGAGGAGAAGCUUUCAACGGCGCUUUUGUCCCUGGAGAAGACAAGAACGACGUCGUGGACGACGGUGGAGGAGAGACGAGAGAUUUCUUGGGGCUAAGGUCGUUAAUGUCGCAUAACGAGAUUCUAAGUUUCGCUAAUAAUCUUGGAAACUGUCUCAACACUUCGGCUUCAGAGCAAGAACAGCAACAUAGCCACCAAGAUUGAAAUAUUAUUAUAUAUGUAUAGAGACUUUUUCUAUAAAAUUAGUUUGAAAAA